UCAGUUUCUGAUGAUGACGAAUAUGAAUGUGUCAGUGUUCUCAACUCCCACUCGCAAGAUGUGAAAAAAGUUUUAUGGCAUCCACACAAAGAGAUAUUAGCAUCAGCAAGUUAUGAUGACACCAUCAAAUUGUAUAAAGAAGAUGGGGAUGACUGGUGCUGUUUUGCUUCAUUACAAUCACAUGGAUCAACUGUUUGGUCCAUUGCUUUUGACCAUUUUGGAAAAAGACUGGCUUCUUGUAGUGAUGACAAAACUAUUAAAAUUUGGAAAGAAUACUUACCUGGAAGUAGUGAAGGUAUAAUUACAAAAAGGGUAGAUCCUGCAUGGAAGUGUGUGUGUACUUUGUCUGGUUUCCAUCAUCGUACAGUAUAUGACAUUAGUUGGUGUCCAAUCUCAGAAUUGAUUGUCACAGCAGGAGGUGAUGAUGCCAUCAGGCUGUUUCAAGAAGAAAACUCCUCAGACUCUAAUGCACCACAAUUUAAUCUAGUAGCAACUGCUUCCAAAGCACACUCCCAGGAUGUAAACUCUGUAGCUUGGAAUGCAAAAGAAGGUGGACUGUUAGCCUCUUGUAGUGAUGAUGGAACAGUAAAAUUGUGGAAAGUAGACUAUAUGUAAUGUCGUCAUUAUUUAAAAGCUGUGAGUAAUUCCAUAGAGGUCUAAUUGUGAAUUCUAGGAUACUGGAAAUCUAUGAAUUUUCCAGAACCUUUGCACUUUCAAGUAAAUAAAGAAAUAUUCACUUACUAAAUCAA